CGAGCUCUGCAAGCGGCUCUGCGGCCGAGCGCCCGGGGACGCAGCGCGGCUCUCUGGCAGCCCGGGCGCCGGCGCCGGAGUCCUGGGCCGCGGGCGGGUGGGCCGCACCUCUGCUCGACCUCUCUGGAGCCGGGGCAGGCCGCGCGAAGGUGACUUACGGAGAGCUUGUGGUGCCGCCCUGGGUCGCCACUCCCGGCUCGGCUGGAGAGGAGGCGGAGGAACAGGCCGAGUUCAUUUGUGCGGGAGCUUGCCGAGGAGCGCAGGGUGGAGCGCGCCAGCAGGGAUCCCCGGAUCCGGCCCAGGUGAGGAAUUUUAAAUUGGAACAAGAGCAAGGAAAACACCAAAAUCCUGUUAGAAGCACCGGAGACUCUAGCCACUGAACAUCAUGAAUUAGAGCAGUCUCUGGUUCAAAGCUCACCACCUCUCAGCAUCCUUAGUGAGGACGAGUUAUAGGAUGCGUUGUCAGAUUCUGAAUCCGGACGGUCCCUGCGUAGAUUGGAAGCAGUAACAGUGCACUCCUUUGAAGAGGAAGGAGAGCAUUUGAGCAGUUGAAAACACAGAAUGUCUGAAGAAAAAGAUUGUGGUGGUGGAGAUGCUCUCUCCAAUGGCAUCAAAAAACACAGAACAAGCUUGCCCUCCCCUAUGUUUUCCAGAAAUGACUUCAGUAUCUGGAGCAUCCUCAGAAAAUGUAUUGGAAUGGAACUAUCCAAGAUCACGAUGCCAGUUAUAUUUAAUGAGCCUUUGAGCUUCCUACAGCGACUCACUGAAUAUAUGGAGCAUACAUACCUCAUCCACAAGGCCAGUUCAUUUUCUGAUCCUGUGGAAAGGAUGCAGUGUGUCGCUGCGUUUGCUGUAUCUGCGGUUGCUUCUCAGUGGGAACGCACUGGAAAGCCUUUCAACCCACUUCUGGGAGAGACUUACGAAUUAGUUCGAGAUGACCUUGGUUUCAGACUCAUCUCGGAGCAGGUCAGCCAUCAUCCACCAAUUAGUGCAUUUCACGCUGAAGGAUUAAACAAUGAUUUCAUCUUUCAUGGCUCAAUCUAUCCCAAAUUGAAGUUUUGGGGGAAGAGUGUAGAGGCAGAACCCAAGGGAACCAUCACCUUGGAGCUCCUUGAACACAAUGAAGCAUAUACAUGGACAAAUCCUACCUGCUGUGUACAUAAUAUCAUUGUGGGAAAACUCUGGAUUGAGCAGUAUGGCAAUGUGGAAAUCACAAACCAUAAGACUGGGGACAAAUGUGUGUUGAAUUUUAAGCCAUGCGGCCUUUUUGGUAAGGAGUUACACAAAGUUGAAGGCUACAUUCAAGAUAAAAGCAAAAAGAAGCUCUGUGCCCUCUAUGGGAAGUGGACUGAAUGUUUAUAUAGUGUUGACCCCGCCACUUUUGAUGCUUACAAAAAAAAUGAUAAGAAAAAUACUGAAGAGAAGAAGAACAGCAAACAGAUGAGCACUUCUGAGGAGUCAGAUGAAAUGCCAGUGCCAGAUUCUGAAAGUGUAUUUGUGAUCCCUGGAAGUGUUCUCCUAUGGCGAAUAGCCCCACGGCCUCCAAACUCUGCCCAGAUGUAUAAUUUUACUACCUUUGCAAUGGUUUUGAAUGAAGUAGACAAGGAAAUGGAGAGUGUGAUUCCUAAGACAGACUGCAGGUUACGGCCUGACAUCAGAGCCAUGGAAAAUGGAGAAAUAGAUAAAGCUAGUGAAGAAAAAAAACGACUUGAGGAAAAACAAAGAGCAGCCCGCAAAAACAGGUCCAAGUCGGAAGAGGACUGGAGGACGAGGUGGUUCCGUCAAGGUCCUAAUCCCUACAGUGGAGCACAGGACUGGCUUUACUCCGGCAGCUACUGGGACAGAAACUACUUCAAUUUGCCUGACAUUUAUUAAAAUGCAGACACGUCAGGGUGUUUGGCUAAUCUACAAAUAAGUCUUAAACCUAUGUUUUUUAAUUUUUUUCCUUGGUUUCUACUCAUCUUUUAAAAAAAAGAAGAAACCAAACCCACUCAUGAGAGAACUUGCAUUUCACUCAACAAAAGUAGGGCAUAAGGUGAUAUUGGUGAUGAAAGUCUUAGGAAAAAUGGGUAAUUUUGCUAUCCAAACAUACUUAUUUGGAAUACUAUUUUAUAUAGCGGUAAGAGAAACUGCUGGAGAAUAUGCUUUUUAUGGUUGCUGUUGCCAUAUUCACUGAAGGUUUAUACCUAAAUGUAACUUUGGCAAAUGUAACUUUGGCUUUAUGGAAUUAUAAAGUAAUCCCAAAAGAAGUUAUUUUGAAUAUUUUUAUGCUGUAUGCUUGAAUGUUUUAGAUGUAACUUUGAAAUGUUUAGAAUUCUCCUAUACAAUGUUUAUGUGCUCAAAUACAGAGGUGGUCUGUCAUUUUGUAGAAACUACAUUGAAAAGAUGGCUUUUCAUCAUACUAUUCCUGUCAAUUUUACCCCCUCCCACCUUCAAAAAGAAAAAAAUGUCUGAAUAUUCAGAAAGAAUAGGUACUCCUGAUUAGAAAAUUCUGAAGAAUUAAACUGGAAAAGUUAUUUGAUUUGCUUAUUUUAGUGCUCUGAAUUUACUUUACAAUUUUCUAUAAUCAAUGUCAUUAGAAUUAAAAGGUGUUUGAAGAGAUGUAUAAAAUCUAGCAAUUCACAAAAAUGAAAUAUAGAUUUUAAUCACCAUCAUUACAUAAUGACAAACCUUUUUAAAUGCUUCAACUUCCAGUGGCAAAUGCCACCAAAGAAAUUAAGUUGCACUCAUGUAUUAUAAGAAGUAUCAAACUAUAUAAAAGGAGGUCUUGUGCCUUUCAAGUUUGCAAGGCACCUGUGUACUUAAAAUAUGUAUGGAGACCUACUGUACAGUAGCUUUGCCCCUUUAAUUGGGGUACAUUAAUCUUAUGGUAUUUAUCCACCCAACAACUCCAGACUGAGAUAUUGCUGCAGGGGGCCUUAGGUAGCUACCAACCAGUAAAUUAUUUUAAUUGCUGUCUUGAAGUUAACAAGUGUUAUAAUGAAAUAAUCUACCUGAUGCUAAAUAAAGCCUUUCGAAUGUU